AUGCUAAUUUCCAACAUUUGCUUCUUAUUAUCUUACUUCGCAACUAUUUUCGAAGGUCCGGGCUUUCUUCCUUUCUACUAUCCAUUACAAAUUACAAAAAGAGAUGAUGGAGUUCCGGAUUACUUAAGUGGCGUCGUUUCCAAUGAGCAACAAGAAAACUACGUUAGAAGCAAGCCAAAAAUGAGCAGAGUUGGCUUCUUCAAAACAGUUCAACGCUAUGUAUUGCGACCAGACCAUUUUUGUGGUUGGACAGGACAAUUUAUUGGUAAGAAGAAUUACAAAUUAUUUGUCCUCUUUAACAUUUGGGGCGCUAUUUACACUUCCCAGUUUUUAGGAUAUUGCGUUUUUGCAUUAGUUUCAAAUCUCUCGCUUCCACAGCCAUUCAUCCCGUCUUUAUUAUUUACAUUGAUUUACAUGCUCCAAUGCAUCCUAUUUUGCAUGAUGACUUGUAAUUUCGGUUGUGUCGGAAUCUACAACAUACAUACGAACUCCACACAGCUGGAACAAAUGCAAGACAACAAAAAUAGCUACGCGAAACCAAAUUGUAUUGAUAAUUGGGAAGAAGUUUGCGGUCCAAGAGCGAAAUGGUACUUUUGGAUCUUUCCUGUUCCUGCUUUCCAUGAUAAGUCAUCUGAAUACUUAUUGACUCAUACAGUUUAA